AGUUCCGUUUGCAUAUCUAGCGAUAAGUGCAUUGUUUACAGUUGUAAUUUUAUUUUCAAGCGCCUUAUUCAUUCAUUCUACGUACUGUCAUAUGACAUAGAUUAACUUUUCAUAUCAAUUUUUUUUAUUAAAUUUUAAUUAAUUAUUAAGUUAUUAUCAAAGAAACCAUGUCCUGUCUCUCUACUUGUAUCAAACCUAUUAUAAGAUUUCCAAGUGUUAAAGUUCAUGGGCAUAAUGUUGGCAUAUGUGCUACAAUUAGGUAUAAGAUGAAUACAUCUAUAUUUAAUGAAAAACCAACUUUAGCUUAUGAUACUGUUUGCCUUGAAAGAAGCAUUCUCACUUGGUUACACAAAGCAACUCCUGCUUUUCCAGUUGAUGGUUCCAAGAUUACAAUUAUUUAUGAUCCAUCAGAGUUUUAUAAUUCUUUAUUGACAGAAUGCAAAACCGCUAAGAUGAGAAUAACAUUAGCAUCGUUAUACUUAGGUAGUGGGAAAUUAGAAAAGGAAUUGGUGAAUUCUAUAAAGCAGACAAUGUUUUCUAGUAAUGGAAGUGUUAAAGUAAAUAUUCUUUUAGAUUAUAAUAGAGGUUCUCGUGGUAAAAUUAAUUCUAAAAGAAUUCUAGCACCUCUUCUCAACAAUAAAUUUACAUUUUGUUGUAAUAUUUUUCUUUAUCAUACACCUAGAUUAAGAGGUUUUUUGAAAGCUCUCAUACCUUAUCGUUUUAAUGAAAUCAUAGGCUUACAGCAUAUGAAAUUAUAUUUAUUUGAUAAUACACUUAUAAUCAGUGGAGCAAAUUUAAGUAACGAUUAUUUUUGUAAUCGUCAAGAUCGUUAUUUUCUAAUUAAAGAUUGCAAGGACUUGUGUGAUUUUUAUUGCAGUCUUGUUGAAAGAGUCACAGAAUUUAGUUUUCAAUUACAACCAGAUGGCAGUACCAUAUAUAGUAAUAAAAUUCAAUCUCAUCCGCUCAACAGUUCUAAAAAAAAAUUUGCUGCAGAAGCUUCUAUUAAAAUAAAAAAGCUUUUUCAACAAGAAAUUAAUAAACGUUUGGAAUUAAAAGAAAAAGACAUGCCGAAAACCGAUACAUGGAUUUUUCCAUUAGUGCAAAUGGGUCAGUUGAAUAUCAGACAUGACAGUGAGAUAAUAUUAUACUUAUUGAAAAAUGCUUCAUUAGGCGCAACAUUGAGAAUGGCGACUGGAUAUUUUAAUUUGACCUCAGAAUAUAGAAAAGCAAUAUUAAAUACAUGUCAAGCAAACUGUCAUCUCUUAAUCGCUCAUCCCAGAGCAAAUGGAUUUUUUGGAGCAAAAGGUAUAGCAAGUGGAAUACCAGCAGCUUAUACAACAAUUGAAGAAUCAUUUUUUAAAAUGUGUGAAAAGUUUAGUCAAAGUGAAAGGGUACAGCUGUGGGAAUUUUUAAAACAUGGUUGGACAUAUCAUGCAAAAGGACUUUGGUAUUCAUUGCCGGGUGAUCAAAAACCUUGUUUUACUCUUAUUGGCUCUUCAAAUUUUGGCUAUCGAUCUGUGGAUAGGGAUCUGGAAACUCAAAUAGCACUUUUAACAAAAAAUAAAGAUCUUCAGGACUCUUUACAAAAGGAAUACGAGAGGCUAUUCAAUUGUGCAAUACCUGUAACAAAAAUGACAUUUGCACAAAAAGAGAGAAUACCACCAACAUGGGUUAGACUAGUUGCAUAUUUGUUUCGUUAUUAUUUUUGA